AAAAACAUCAACAAUCCUUCCAGGUUUAGGCUAGGAAGGGCUGUCGGGCUAGCGCAGCAGCGGGGUUGCUUAGGACAAGCUUUAAUUCCCAAUUGGUUUGUUUUGGCUAUUACUUAUAUAGAAAAGGGUUUGUAUUAUUUUAACCAUGUCAUUGUUUGGCAAGAUAUUUGGAGGGGGAGGAAAGGGUGGGAAAGGACCGAGUCCACAGGAGGCGAUCCAGAAACUCCGAGAGACGGAGGAGAUGCUAACGAAAAAACAGGAAUUUUUAGAGAAAAAAAUCGAACAGGAGCUGCAAAUCGCGAAGAAAAACGGCACGAAAAACAAAAGAGCGGCGUUGCAGGCUUUGAAAAGAAAGAAGAGGUACGAGAAGCAACUGGCCCAGAUUGAUGGCACGCUGUCAACCAUCGAGUUCCAGAGGGAGGCUCUGGAGAACGCCAAUACCAACACGGAAGUGCUCAAGAACAUGGGCUUCGCUGCCAAAGCCAUGAAGUCUGCCCAUGAAAACAUGGACAUCGACAAGGUGGACGACCUGAUGCAGGACAUUACAGAGCAGCAGGAGCUGGCUCAGGAAAUCUCUGAUGCUAUCUCUAAACCUGUUGGCUUUGGAGAGGAGUUUGACGAGGAUGAGCUGCUGGCGGAGCUGGAUGAGCUGGAACAGGAAGAGCUGGACAAAAACCUGCUGGAGAUCGGGGGGCCAGAGACUGUCCCCCUGCCCAACGUGCCUUCUACUUCAUUACCUUCCAGACCUGCCAAUAAAGAGGAGGACGAGGACGACAUGGAUGACCUGCAGCGCUGGGCGGAAGCCAUGUAAAAGCAGCAUCUGCCCCAUCAUACCUGCAUCAGAGAGGGAAGAAGAAGUAGAAACUAGGGGGACGAAUGGACUUCUGGGAUGUUGAGUGUUUUUGUGUGUCUGAGGAGAGUUGACUGUCUACUUUGUGUAACACUAAGAAUAAGCGUCAAUGCUGUAGUCUUUCAUUACUUGUCCCUUACACAAAUCUGCUGACCCGUGGGUGCUCUGCGCACACGAGCCAGUCGGGGUCUUUUAUAUUGAAGCUCUGUCAUUGUACCUUUGCGAAGUCACUUAAUUAUUUUUACCCCCAGUUUCAAUAUAGUGCUAGCACUUCCAGGUCGUUGUACCAGGCAGGAACAUUUCAGUGGCAGCAGAGUUUAUGUCUGAACUCUCCAGCAAUUUCCAGAUGUUGUUGGCAUCGCUAGAUUUGGGGGAAUUUUCAUGGAAGCUAAAUCCUUAAACUUGUAUUUCCAGCCUUUGUAUUUGUGCCGUUUGAGUUGCUGAUUUGUUUUUUUUUCUUUUCCUGAAAAAUAACAACCCAAUAUUUUGGCAAUUGAAGCAUGCACGAGGUGAAUAAUCUACAGAGCUGGCAGAGUCCUAACGUCUUAUUUUCCAGCUGUGUGCUUUGCCCUUCCCUCUCCCUUAGCUUGACCUUUUCCCUGCUUUCAUCAUUUCAGUGACUUUCCCUCAAAAAGUGCCCUCACCAGUGGUUCUUUUUUGUUAUUUUGUGUAAAUAUCCAAAUUGUGUGCUUUUUUUUCUCACAAACUGUACCUCUGCUGUCGGCGAGAGGUUCAGUUUUAGGUUGUGUGAAGCAUGCAACAAUGGGAAGCCACAAUACAGAUAAAAGUGCACGGUUAGAAAGAGAGAUAUCCAACCUGACACUUUCAUCCUGCCCUGUCUGUUUUGAUCCUUCUCAUAACGGUUUUGUUUCAAAUUGUAUAUUGUUAAAAAAAAAUAGUAAUAAUAAACUAUUGUCACGACUUAUUAACUGCAUCAAGAUGGAGAUGGUGGUUUAUGAGAAAUAGAUUACAGUCAAUCUACAACAUCAGCAUUUCGGAGUUUAAAGAGUUCAUUCUUUUAGUUUAUUAAAGUCAUGAUGUAUGUUUUUUACAUAGAGAAAGGACUUAACACCCGGACAGGUGGACAAGCAUGUUUGCAUUUCUAUGUUUUAUUUAUCCUGAUGAGAUAUUAUUUGCAAAAUCAUUAAAAGGGUUUUCAAUUC